AUGUCUAUCACACUUUCAACAAAAACUUCCCCGUUUCCUUACGCUUCGAUCGCCAUCGCGACGUACACGCAGAAAGUAGACAUAAACUACGACGAAUCAGUAGAUGGUGUCACUCUAGACUUUGAGGGUUCACAGAUCUCUGCGAACGAUGAGAUCGUAGCCGUGUUGGCCAACGCAGGAGGACUCGCUGGAGACAGCGUAAAGACUGCCGUGUAUUUUGAGCUCGCAAAAACUGUGCCGACAUUGACAGCGAUCCCAGAUAUCCUUGCUCUUCUCGAUUCUUUGGAUAACCAUCUCGCAUACCGCACAUUCCUCGUCGGCCACGACAUUACUGCAGCUGAUUUCAUCAUCUGGGGUUCAAUCAAAGUUGCACCAAAAUUUAUUGGGUUUCUCAAAAAUGGGCAGCAGCAUGUCCAUCUUCUUCGGUGGAUGUCUCACAUCGAGAGUCUCGAGUCCAUUCAAGCUGCGCUCGCGAGCCUUACAGCAGCUAAAGCCAAUAAAGCCAGAUCGAAUAAAACAGCCGCAGGGUUUGCUCUUGGCCUCCAAAAUGCGAAGGAAGGCCAGGUCGUCACGCGUUUCCCGCCUGAACCCUCUGGGUACCUCCACAUCGGACAUGCAAAGGCUGCGAUGCUGAACCAGUAUUUCGCAAAAAUGUACAAUGGGAAGAUGAUCAUUCGUUUUGAUGAUACCAACCCCACAAAAGAACGGGCUGAGUUCGAGGAGACUAUCUUGCAAGAUUUGGAGCUCCUAAACAUCCGCGGGGAUAAAAUAACCCACACAUCAGAUUACUUUGACCAGAUUUACGAAUUGGCCAUUCAAAUAAUCAAGAGUGGUAAAGCUUACGCCGAUGAUACCGAGCAAUUACAGAUGCGCGAGGAACGAGGCAAAGGUGUUGCAUCUGCUCAUCGAGAUGACUCGAUCGAGGACAAUCUGAGGCACUUGGAGGAGAUGAAGACCGGAUCUCCAGAAGGUGUCAGAUGGUGCAUCCGCGCGAAAAUCAGCGUGGACAAUCAGAACAAAGCUCUGCGUGACCCCGUUAUUUACCGAUGUAACUUAAUCCCUCAUCACCGAACUGGAGAUAAGUGGAAAAUAUACCCCACCUAUGACUUUGCGUGCCCAAUCGUGGACUCCCUUGAGGGAGUUAGCCAUGCCCUCAGAACGAACGAGUACCGCGAGCGAAAUGCGCAAUAUCAGUGGAUGAUCAAAGCCCUUGGCAUGCGCGGUGUUGAUAUCUGGGACUUCAGUCGUCUAAGUUUCAUCUAUACACUUUUGUCCAAGCGAAAGUUGCAUUGGUUUGUGGACAACGGAAUAGUUGGGGGUUGGGAUGACCCACGUUUCCCAACCAUUCGGGGGAUCCGUAGACGCGGGCUGACUGUGGACGCGCUGUCACAGUUCAUGUUGGCUCAAGGGCCUUCACAGGCGAUUGUAUCGCUCGAGUGGGAUAUGAUCUGGGCCAUUAAUAAGAAAGUAAUUGAUCCUGUUGCCCCGCGGUUUUGGGCCAUUGUGAAGCAGAACAGUGUCUUUGUGACUAUUAACGGUGGCCCCUCUGCACCCGAGGUGAAGACCCUACCACGGCAUAAGAAGAAUUCAGAUGUCGGCGAGAAAAGGACCAUAUUUACAUCUACCAUUCUCGUCGAGCAGGAAGACGCCAUUUCCUUCGAUGAUCAAGAAGAGAUAACGUUGAUGGACUGGGGAAACGCCAUCGUACGGUCUAAGACCACGGGACCCUCGGGCGAUGUUACUUCCCUCACGAUGGACCUCCAUAUUGAGGGUGAUUUCCGCAAGACAAAGAAAAAGAUUACUUGGCUUGCCCAACCCUCUAAUGAUUAUCCCUUGGUCGACGUAACGCUCCUUGACUACGACUACCUGAUCACGAAGAAGAAGCUUGAGGAGACGGAUGACAUCAAAGAUUUCGUCACGCCCGUGAGCGAGUUCCGGGAGGAGGCGUUCGCAGAUGCGAACGUAAGUACGCUCACUAAAGGGGACAUUAUUCAGUUUGAGAGGAAGGGUUAUUUCAUCUUUGACGGCACUGCGGAGGAUGGGAAGCUCGAGUUCAUCCGGAUUCCCGAUGGGCGUGCAGCCAAUCUGGCUAGUAAGGCGGGUAAGCCUGGUGUUGUCACCGUCGAGGCUCCAGUGCCGCCACCCUCGGGGACUACCACCGAUGCUGGUCCUGUCCCCUCCUCGGCGAUGUACAAGGUGGAGAAGAUUUACGGUGAGGAACCAAUGAAGCCUGUGUCCACUACAAAGAUGUACACGGUUGCGAAUGUGUACGAGUGA